UACUAAUACUUAUUGCAAAAACAACAACAGAUUGCUAACAGUUAAACUUUAAACAACAGAAUGUAACGAAGUUUUGUUUAUUAUUUUGCCAUUGAGUUCGACUGAAGAUGAAUACAAAACUAAUUUAGGUCUUAGUUGGUUGCACUGUAUGCAAUUAUUCAAAGCAAAGGAAAUUUGAGAAGCUAUAAAAUUAUUAAAAGUAUCCAAAUUAAUCUAAAUCAAUACAACAUCAAUUCACAUGAGGAUAAGGCAUAUUUAAUAGGUGAAAUCAGAUUGUGGUAUUGCGGUAUUUUCCUGGCCAGCAUUCUUUCACGGUCAAUUACGUCACGCCAAGAUAGAUUUGGAUUAUUUCAAUGAAAAAUGAGCUCCUACUCUGCUUUUCGCCUGUUUUUCCGUUUAGAGAAGCCUGGUCGACUCCUCUCGUAUGGAAAUGUCGGGAUAACAUGUACUACACCAUUCCUAGAACGCCAGCACCAAGUUCUUAUAGCGAAAAAAAAUGAAUUGCUUCGAAAAAGUAUGUUGGGCGUGUUGACGGAUGGCGGCAAUCGCUUCAAGCUCCCAGCUAUCAGACGACACUACUCAACUGCUGUGUCGACUGGUGACAUCGUCAAGUCAGACUCGGCUAGGCUAGCCCCAAAAAAGAAAUCAAAAACUGCCGAAUCUCCAAAGAUCAUGUUGGUAUCGGAGACGAAACACAUAUCCGUCGUCACUUUGGAGGAAGCUCAGAAAAUUGCAGAAAGGAAAACUCUGCACCUAGUCGCAGGAGACAGCAAAUUAUCAAAAGACAAACCUGUUUAUAAGCUUGUCACAAAUGCAGAAUUUUUGGCAUCAGAUUCGGAUAGUUCUAGAGAAUUGAGGCAGGAGAAGGAUGACAAGAAGAAAGAGAAAGAAUCAAAAACGGUCAUAUUGAGGAGUAAAAUUGCAGAGAACGAUAUACUAUCGAAAGUUAAACAAAUGAUUAAGUGGAUAGAAAAAGGACAUUCUGUUCGCUUGAUGAUUGGUCAAUCUGGAGAAAAGGGAGAUGCUGACCAUGUUUAUAAAGUGAUAGAACAAAAUAUGAAAGAAAGCGGAGCACGAUUUCUGCAGAAAGUAGUGAAAGGUGACCAAAUUCGCUGCCAACUGAUGCCACCAAAAGAACCUAAGAAGCCUGUGACAACGAUUGAUGAAAACGAGUAGUAGUAGCAUAACAAGUAUAUAUCAAUAAUAAUCAAAUCACAUAUAUAUAUUAUUAUUAAUCAUGGUGUCUUCUCCAAUGAAUAUAUGUAGUUAUAGAGGAAUUAGUACGAGUAAUAUAUUAAACUUCAUUUUUUUGAAGUUUUCUACUUAUACGUUUUGACUUUAUUCCUGAAGCUGCCAAUAAAUUAAGACUUAUGGAAAUAAAGCUAUUAUCACAAUA